AUGUUGUCGCAGCUUGAAGAAAGUGGAACUGGUGCAGUUGAACCGGUGCUGAACUUCUUCAUCAAUGGUAGCCCAUUCAGAGAGGUGGCUGCCAAGGAUCAGUGCCAGAGCUUCGGUGCAAAGUCCCACCUCACCUCUAUCCACAAUCCGGAGGAGCAGAGAGUCAUUGCCAACCUCAUUGCCCGUGCUCACGGCUAUGACGAUGAAGUCUGGAUUGGACUCCACAUUGCUGGACGGAGUGACAACUGGGCAUGGGUCGAUGGCUCCCCCACGGUCCAUGAGGCCUGGCACAAGUACAGGAGAUGUUACAUGACCUGGGACAAGGACUCCUGCUAUGACAGAAACGCCUUCGUCUGCAAGCUCACGCUGUAG